AUGGGGAGGAAGGGGCUGGGUGCUCGGCCUCCCCUGCUCGCUGCUGGGGGGGGGCCUUGCAAACUCGUGCCAUCUGCUGCAGGAGCUUUCCUGGCUGCCCUGGGAACUGCAGCUUCCUGCCCUCUUUUGCCUGUUAUUGCCUUUGCCACGUUGCUUUCUCCCUGCUGGUGGGGAGGAGGUCCCCCCCGUGCCCUGUUGGCAUGGCAGGGGUGUACAAGCAUCAUCUCUGCCGUCCCUCUCCCCCUCCAGCUCUUCACCGAUGGCAUCACCAACAAGCUGGUGGCCUGCUACACGGACGAGGGCAUGGGGGACGCGGUGCUGGUCCGUGUCUACGGCAGGAAGACGGAGCUCUUCGUGGACCGGGAGACGGAGCUGAGGAACUUCCAGGUGCUGCGUGCCCACGGCUGCGCCCCCGACCUCUACUGCGCCUUCCAGAACGGGCUCUGCUACCAGUUCCUGCCGGGCAUCGCGCUGGGGCCCGACCACGUGCGGGACCCCCACAUCUUCAGGCUGGUGGCCCAGGAGAUGGCCCGGGUACAUGCCAUCCACGCCAACGGGAGCCUCCCCAAGCCCAUCCUCUGGCAGAAGCUGCACAAAUACCUCACCCUCGUGAAGACGGAUCUCAGCCCAAAGGUAUCCAACCCCAGCCUCCAGCAGGACGUGCCCAGCCUGGAGAUGCUCGAGCAGGAGCUGGCCUGGAUGAAGGAGACACUCUCCCAGCUGGGGUCCCCCAUCGUCCUGUGCCACAACGACCUGCUCUGCAAGAACAUCAUCUACAACAGGACACAAGAGCACGUUCGCUUCAUAGACUACGAGUACACGGGCUACAACUACCAGGCUUUCGACAUUGGAAACCACUUUAAUGAGUUUGCAGGCGUGAAGGAGGUGGAUUAUCGCCUCUACCCCAGCAAGGAGACCCAGCUGCAGUGGCUGCGCUCCUACCUGCAGGCCUACAAGCAGCUCACCCAGGGGGACCGAGGAGGUUCGGGAGUGUCCGAGGAGGAACUGGAGGCUCUCUACGUGCAAGUGAACAAGUUUUCUUUGGCAUCCCAUUUCCUCUGGGCAUGCUGGGGCCUGAUCCAGGAUAAAUACUCUACCAUAGACUUUAACUUCUUAAGAUAUGCAAAGCUAAGGUUUAAACAGUACUUCAAGAUGAAGCCGGUGGUCACAGCCCUGCAGACUUCUAAAUAGCAUCUCCGGCCCGUGGAGACCCUGAGCUAUUUUGUCCUUGCUGCAUCCACAGCCCUCGCAUCCCCCUCGCCCCUUCCCUCCCCCGGCUGGGGGCGAGGGCAGGUCCUGAUGGAGGGAAGGGGGACGAGGAGAUCCAUCCCAGCCACCGGCUAAAGGAGACCCCGGACAUCCCUGAGACUGGACCAUGAGAUGCUCGAGAGGACCACGGCCUCGGAGAGGCCCCUGCCUACGCGAGGAAGCCUUUACCAUCGCCUUAAGGCCGAGUCCCGGCUCGGCCCCGGUGCCCAGCGGGUCCCUGCUUUGCUGGCACCGCUGCUGCUUGGCUUGGCACCCGGAUUGCUCCCUCCCUGCUCCCCUCGAGGGGGGAAACGGGUGCCACCAUCUGCUCAGGAGCCCCCAGAGCUGCCCAGUCGCUUUAGCUGCCCAAUGCAGACGCUGUGCCCGUCACCUCUGCUGCUCCCUCUGUCCCCUCUUGCCCACUCGGUGCCACUUGGGCUCCCACCCCCCAAACCAGCACCUUUCUCGGGGUCAGUAUUGGCGCUGGGCUGGGGGUUGCGUCCGAGCAUGGGACCUUUUUCCACAGGGAUGCUGCUGGGAUGGUGCAAAACAGCAAGGGGAGGCCACGGCCGUGAGCCAUAUGGGCUCCGGGACCAGUGGGCUUUUGCUGGUGGGCACUGGGUGCCUGCACCUCCUGCACGGUGCUCAGCCCAUGGCUGGCUCUCCUCUUCCUCACGGCCAUGGUCUCCCAGGCUCCCAAUAGCUCCCUGCUCCCAUUGUGGCUUCCCUCGUAACAUCCCAUGCUGCCAGAGCAAGGGGCUCCCAGCUCUGCCUCCCCCAGGGCGAGGGGGGGUCAAUCCUGACCCCAACAUGGGCAUCGUCCCUCUGUGGGACCCCCAGCAGGAGGCUGAAUGGGGCUGACCUGCUCCAUGAGCUGGGCAGAGCUUCAUCCCAUCAGCACUCGGCUGGUCCCCCAUCACAGGCUCUGGGAGGGUGAUCCUGACCCGCUGAGCACUGACCAGCUCAUGACAGUGGUUGUGCAUCAGCUGGGGAUUUGGAAUCAGACCCCUCUGCCCCUGCCCUGGCUGCCUGGUGGGUGGCAUGGGGACAUGGCAGCUGUU